UCCUUGAGCCUGUGGUGAAGUAUGUGGAGCCCUUGGUGUGUGAAGAGACUGCCUGCACCAUCUGGACUGUGAGGCGGCAUCUGCACUGCCUGCAAUGCCCCCAGGAUCCAUGGUACAGGCUGGGGGUGCACUGUGGCUUUGGCUGUCCCACUACCUGCUCUCUGGCUGUCCCCACCUUUGUCAGGGCCAGGGGGCUCCUAGAGGGGUCUCCCCCAGGCUGAGUGGAGGCUUCAGCCUCUUUCUGUCCUCCCCCAGUCCUGAAGUCCAGGAGGAAUGAUGUGUAGCCCUUGGUGGGUGAAGAGACUGCCUGCACCAUCUGGACUGUGAGGCAGCAUCUCCCCUGGCUGCAAUGCCUGUGGGAUCCCUGGUACAUGCUGGUGGUGCACUGCUGCUUGCCUCAAAGAUUGUGGCAGGCGCUGAAGCGGGAGCCAGAGGCCUGGAAGAAUCCCGAAGAAACUUCACAAUCUGAAGACUCCUCAGUGCACUGAGAUCCAUGACACAGCAUGGGACAGCGAGUGGGCCUCGAGCCCACAGGGGUUUUGGAUGCCUCCAGGAAAGGCGCCUCCAGCACUGCCCCCCUGCAACCACAGAGAAAUUAAAGAAAUGCCACGUGUUUAUCCUGAGCCUCCUGGGGUCACGCCUCAGUCCUCCACAGCCUCCAGCAUCCUCCCAGCUCUGCACCUGCCUCCUUCAAGCAGUUCCUGUCCUCCUGGAGCUCAGGCCCCAGAGUGGGAUGCCAUAUCCCCCUCACAGCCCCACAGGGGCAGAGUAGAGGAGGAUGAGGACCUCUCCCACCUCCUGAGCACCCCCAAGAGCAGGAAGGCUGUGCUGCUCUCCUUCCCCACCUUGCUGCCUCCUGGGAUGCUGUGAGCUGCGGAGGUGGGGGGCUUAUUCCCUUUCUUGGUGCCCCUCUGUUGGGGCCCCCCCCCACAGCUGAGCUGGGUCCCUGCCUUUUUGCAGCUGUUUGGAGGGUAUGUGCUGGAGCAGCAGUGGACAGACCUGAUGCUGACCUGCCUGGAGGUGGUGUCACAUGAGGUGCCUGAGGAGGAAACGCAGUGGGUCUCCUUGCUGAAUGCAGGGGGGGAGGACCCUGUUUGUCCCCUUUCCUGCCAUGUCCCACACUUUGUCAUCUUGUGCAAUAGGCAGGGAGAUGAAGUGAUGCCUGCUGUGUGCCAGAAGCUACUGGAGUGGCCAGUCCUCAUGACACGCUGCUAUCCCCACUCUGUUGCUGUGAUGAUACUCUUCGUCUGCCCCAUGAGACAGAACUACCAAUUGCACAGCCUCCUGAAAACCCUACAGGGCCCCCGACACCCCGCAGGGCCCCUCAACACCCCCUGUCUGUGCCCGCAGAUCCUCAAUGGAGAUGUGGGAGGAGAUUUUCAGCACGCCCGGCAUGCCGAAGAAGCUCCUGAAUGAGAUUUGCAUGCUGCUGCGUGACAAUACCAUACGUGCGCACUUUGGGAUGACCGAGGACUACGAAAUCCUCCAGCUCGGCCUCAUGCAGACCCUGAGCCCCGAGGACCCCAUCCCCGCCGUGCUACAGGAUGUGGAGUGCCUGAAGAGAUGCAUCAGGAACACCAACUUCCACCUGCUCUGGAUCGCACUCAAAGGGCUGGCGGUGAUGCUGGAGAGGCUCAAGAUGGGGCUAACGGGGAUUAUCCUGCUGCCCGACGUCCUGAAAACCCUGUGGUUGGGCAACCCCCACAUCAUGGUGGAAGGAAUGUUGGUGUGCUGCAGGGUCCUGUGUGCCCUGAGGAAGAAGUUGGCCAGCAUCACCUCCCUCUGGCUGGUCGAUCUGCUCACGCCUUACUUGGACAAUCAGGGUGACAUGGUGCGGGAGAAUGCCAUGAAGCUCUUCAGUGUGUGCAUGGAGCGUGUGCUGCAGAAGCACCGCAGAAAGAUGUGGAGGAAAGUGCACAACGUUUUGCUGACCCUCCACCUCCGCGUGAGUGAGGAGAACAGGAGUGUGGCCAAGGCUGCCCAGGAAGCCCUGAUGGCUUGGUCUGAGCUGCUGUGGUGGGAUGAGCUGCAAGAAGUGGCACACAUGAACCAGACCCUGGGGAUCAGAACAUGCCUGCCUGAUCCUUGGGCUCGUGGCAGAACAUCACCGGGACAAGAGUGAAGAGAAAGUGUACAAAAUAAUUGCAAUCCUGGAGCCCAUGAAGAAUGAUGUGGAGCCCUUGGUGUGUGAAGAGACUGCCCGCACCAUCCGGACUCUGAGGCAGCAUCUCCACUGGCUGCAACGCCCAUGGGAUCCGUGGUACAUGCUGGCGGUGCACUGCUGCUUGCCUCGAAGAUUGUGGCAGGUGCCAAAGCAGAAGCCUGAGCCCCAGAAGAAUCUGGAGGAAACUUCAGAAUCUGAAGACUCCUCCCUGGACUCAUCUCUGUGGAAGAGCACGGACAGGUAGCAGGCCUCCAGCUCACAGGGGUUUUGGAUGCCUCCAGGAAAGAUGCCUGCAGCACUGCCCCCCCGCAACAACAGAGAAAUUAAAGAAAUGCCAUGUGUUUAUCCUGAGCCUCCGGGGGUCAUGCCUCAGUCCUCCAUAGCCUCCAGCAUCCUCCCAGCUCUGCACCUGCCUCCUUCAAGCAGUUCCUGUCCUCCUGGAGCUCAGGGCCCAGACUGGGAUGCCAUAUCCCCCUCACAGCCCCACAGGGGCAGAGUAGAGGAGGAUGAGGACCUCUCCCCACCUCCUGAGCACCCCCAAGAGGAGGAAGGCUGUGCUGCUCUCCUUCCUCACCUUGCUGCCUCUUGGGAUGCUGCGAGCUGUGGAGGUGGGGGGCUUAUUCCCUUUCUCUGUGGCCCUCUGUGGGGCCCCCCCCCCCCCCCACCCCCACAGCUGAGCUGGGUCCCUGCGUUUUUGCAGCUGUUUGGAAGGUACCUGCUGGAGCAGCAGCGCACAGACCUGAUGCCGACCUGCCUAUAGGUGGUGUCACAUGAGGUGCCUGAGGAGGACAAGCAGUGGGUCUCCUUGCUGAAUGCAGGGGGGGAGGACCCCAUUUGUCCCCUUUCCUGCCAUGUCCCACACUUUGUCAUCUUGUGCAAUAGGCAGGGAGAUGAAGUGAUGCCUGCUGUUUGGCAGAAGCUACUUGAGGGGCCAGUCCUCAUGACAUGCUGCUAUCCCCACUCUGUUGCUGUGAUGAUACUGUUCAUCUGCCCCAUGAGACAGAACUACCAAUCACACAGCCUCCCAAAAACCCCACAGAGCCCCCUCCAGGGCCCCUCAGUGCCCUGUCUGUGCCUGUAGAUCCUUGAUGGAGAGGGGGGAGGAGAUUUUCAGCAUGCCUUGGAUGACAAAGAAGCUCCUCAAUGAGAUUUGCCUGCUGCUGCAAAACAAUACCAUACGUGCGCACUUUGGGAUGACCGAGGACUACGAAAUCCUCCAGCUCAGCCUCAUGCAGACCCUGAGCCCCGAGGACCCCAUCCCCGCCGUGCUACAGGACGUGGAGUGCCUGAAGAGAUGCAUCAGGAACACCAACUUCCACCUGCUCUGGAUCGCACUCAAAGGGCUGGUGGCGAUGCUGGGGAGGCCCAAGAUGGGGCCAACGGGGAUUAUCCUGCUGCCUGACGUCCUGAAAACCCUGCGGUUCGGCAACCCCCACAUCACGGCGGCGGCGCUGGCGGUGUGCUGCAGGGUCCUGCGCGCCCUGAUGAACAAGUCGGCCAGCAUCACUUCCCUGUGGCUGGUCGAUCUGCUCACGCCUUACUUGGACAACGAGGCCGACAUGGUGCGGGAGAAUGCCAUGAAGCUCUUCAGUGCGUGCAUGGAGCGCGUGCUGUGGAAGCACCGCAGAAAGAUGUGGAAGAAAGUGCACAAUGUCCUGCUGACCCUCUACCUCCGCAUGAGCGAGGAGAACCCAAGCGUGGCGCCCAUGGGGUGGGGGGGGCUCGCGGCAGGGCCGGAGGCAGGCGGUGAGGAGCCGGUGCCAAUUCCCUGCCUCCGCUGCCCCGCAGGCUGCCCAGGAAGCCCUGAGGGCUUGGUCUGAGCUGCUGUGGUGGGAUGAGCUGCAAGUGGUGGCACACAUGAACCAGACCCUGGGGAUCAGAACACGCCUGCCUGAUCCUUCGUGAGCUGCCCCCUGCUUGUCCUCCCCCUGCCCCCACAAUGGCCCCGGGGCCUCCCCGUGCCCUCCCUGGGGCGGAGGCUGACGGGCGGCUUCUGAUCGUAGGGCUCACGGCAGAACAUCACCGGGACCAGAGUGAAGAGAAAGUGUACGAAAUAAUUGCAAUCCUGGAGCCCAUGAUGAAUGACGCAGAGCCCUCGGUGUGUGAAGAGACCGCCUGCACCAUCCAGACUGUGAGGCAGCAUCUCCACUGGCUGCGACGCCUGUGGGAGCCCCGGUACGUGCUGGUGGUGCACUGCUGCUUGCCUCGAAGAUUGUGGCAGGUGCCGAAGCAGAAGCCAGAGCCCGAGUCCCAGAAGAAUCCGCAAGAAACUUCAGAAUCUGAAGACUCCUCCCUGGUUAUCUCUGUGCCAGAGCACGGACAGGAAGCGGGCCUCCAGCUCACAGGGGUUUUGGAUGCCUCCAGAAUCCCCCCCCCCCCCCACAACCACAAAGGAAUUAAAGAAAUGCCAUCUGUUUAUCCAGAGCCUCCUGGGGUCACUCCUCAGCGUCCUCCAGCAGCCCCCGGCAUCCUCCCAGCUCCGCACCCGCCUCCCUCGAGCAGCUCCCGUCCUCCCGGAGCUCAGGGCCCAGACCGGGACGCCAUAUCCCCCUCACAGCCCCACAGGGGCAGAGUAGAGGAGGACAAGGACCUCUCCCCACCUCCUGAGCACCCCCAGGAGGAGGAAGGCCCUGCUGCUCUCCUUCCUCACCUUGCUGCCUGCUGGGACGCUGUGAGCUCGGGAGGAGCCAUCCCCGAAUCCCUCCCGACUCCCCCGACCCCCUUGUCCUUCGAGCGCCUCGUCCCACAGCCUCCUGUUCAUGGCCCCCAUCCUUCAACUCCGUCCCAGGACGUGGUCAGGGAGUCUCAGGGAGCCAGGAGGUCUCCCCGGAGCCUUCUCCAGACCAAACAAAGCCCGGUUCCCUCGGCCGCUCCUCACAGGACAUGUUCCAGAACCUUCCCCGGCUCUGUUGCCCUGCUCUGGGCAUGCUGCGGGGGCUCCAUGUCCUUCUGGGAGCGAGGGGCCCAAAGCUGAACGCGGUGCUCCGAGGCAGGACGCGGUGUCACCUGCAAACCUCCUGAGGGCAAUUCCCUCAAUUCCCUCAUCCAAACAAUUAAUGAAGAUCUUAACGAGGAUGGGCCCCAGCACUGGGCAAACACCACUCCCGACCAGCUCGAUUUCACCACCGCUCUCUGGGCCUGGCCACCUGGCCAGUUUUGAACCACAUUUUGAAAGAAAAACAUGCUUUUUUUUGGUGAAGCGGGGUACUUGUCACAGCCCUGGGCUGCAGCUUCUCCAGGAGAAUACUGGGGCAGGCCGCACCAAAGGCUAAGCAGAGGGCAUCAGCAGCCCUUCCCUCAGUGAGCAGGGACAUGGAUUGGACUAGAUGGUCUUCUGAGGCCCCUCACAAUCCCCCCCAUUCUGUCAUUUUGUGACGUUUUGUCAUUCUGUGUCAGUCGGUGGCACCUGGGCCUUGGUGCCUUUCGCAGCUGCCUCAAGUGGCCUUGCUGCAGGAAAAGCCAUGCACUGCCUUGAUCCCCUGCUCUGUGGCAUUACCCAACAGCGUGGGAGGGCAAUGGAGGGGGGGGGAGGGUAAUUAAGGGGGUGCUUGUAAUACACAGUAAGUGUUGGUUCACUGUCUUUUGUAUUGUAAAAACAAGGAGUUCUGUUUGAGGCGCGGGAGAAGAGAGCUCUCGGCCGAAUUAAGGAGCUGUAUAAGGCUGGGCUAGACACUAUGAAAAUUCUUUUGCUUAAUGUAACAAAAAAGAGAAGCCCCCCCUCUUCUCUCCUUCUGCAUCCCAGUGGCCUCUUUUGUUUAAAGACACUGUUGCAAAGCACAGGGUGCCAUCUCCUGAUAAGUUGCUAACCUAGUGUAGCAACAUCCUGCCUUCCUGUCUCCUGCUGGGCCAACGUGACCAAAUAAAAUAAGUUGAACCACAACGCUGAGGAAGACUACGGCCUUUAUCUUCACGACUGCCAGAGGGACAGAGACGACCCCCUAGCGACAGUGCGUGCAGUCGCAGAACGUACCUGGAUGUGCUGUGUAAUCUUGGAAUCACCAAAAUAUAGAAAGGGACCCCUGGCGGGGGCUGAGGUGCGUGCUGUUGGAGGAGCAGGGACUCCCCGGCCGCCCAGUGCUGUUUUGCUUGCUUUUGCUUACUCAAUAAAUUCCUUUCUAUUAUUAA